CACCUCGCAUGUUGUUGCGUCGCUCAUCAUGUGAUGUAACACGGUUUCACUCCGGUUUCAGCGGCAUGCUCGAGUAACUGAAUGUUUGCGUAUGGAUUAGACUGUGCAGACCGUUUCCUCUGUUUUCGGUGGGAGGUGAAGCCGAUUUCAGCACCGGAGCUGUCCGCGUGAACCGACGAUGCUCGGCUCGCGCCACUGACAUCCACCCUCUCUCUCUCUCUCUCUCUCUCUCUCUCUCUCUCUCCAUCCCUCUCUCUAUCUCUCUCUCCUCCCCCCUCUCUCUCCUCCUCUUCUCUCCGUGCUCCUCUCCACACGCACAAAACGCUCUGUCAUGGCGUCUUCCAACCAUGUUACCCCCACCAACUGUAGCUGGUGGCCCAUCUCAGCCAUGGAAGAAGACGGCAAAAUAACAGACGGGGAGGAGUGCGAAGAACCGACGGCAGAGCCCAAACCUUUCAAUAAAGACAGGCUCGUUUUAUACCACUGGACGCAGUCUUUCACCUCUCAAAAGGUACGUCUAGUCAUUAAUGAGAAGGGCCUGGUCUGUGAGGAGAGGGACGUAAGCUUGCCCCUGCAGGAGCACAAGGAGCCCUGGUUCAUGAGGCUGAACCUGGGGGAGGAGGUGCCCGUCUUCCUGCACGGGGACACCAUCAUCAGUGACUACAACCAGAUCAUAGAUUACCUGGAGAAAAACUUUGUGGGAGACACGGUGGCUCAGCUGAUUCCCGAUGCGGACUCGCCCCUCCACGAGCGUGUGCAGCAGUACCGUCAGCUACUGGACGGUCUGCCAAUGGACGCUUACACACACGGCUGCAUCCUCCAUCCAGAGCUCACCACUGACUCUAUGAUCCCAAAGUACGCCACCGCAGAAAUACGUAGACAUCUGGCCAACGCUGCGACAGAGUUGAUGAAGCUGGACCAUGAGGAGCCUCAGCUGACAGAACCGUACCUGUCCAAGCAGAAGAAACUAAUGGCAAAGAUUUUGGACCAUGAUAAUGUGAACUACCUGAAGAAAAUUCUGGGAGAGUUGGCCAUGGUUUUAGAUCAAGUGGAGGCUGAACUGGAGAAAAGGAAAUUAGAGUAUCAAGGUCAGAAAUGUGAGUUGUGGUUAUGUGGACCUGAAUUUACACUAGCUGAUAUCUGCCUCGGAGCCUUGUUGCACAGGCUCAAGUUCUUGGGACUUUCUAAGAAAUACUGGGAGGAUGGCAGCCGACCCAACCUGCAGUCCUUUUUUGUGCGUGUGCAAAAACGCUACGCUUUCCGCAAGGUCUUGGGCGACAUCCACACGACCCUCCUGUCCGCAGUCCUACCCAACGCUUUCCGGAUGGUAAAAAAGAAGCCGCCGUCCUUCUUCGGGGCGUCUUUUCUCAUGGGCUCGCUGGGAGGCAUGGGCUACUUUGCCUACUGGUUUUUAAAAAAGAAAUACAUGUAGUGAAUGCCCUCUUGUUGUGUUAAAUGUCUGUGUAUUUGUGUGAUGUUUCAACUUUUCUGUAAUGUUUUAUGACUGCAGGAAAACAUAAUGAAUCUAUAUAGAGAACACUAUUACUUACCUGGGUGAACAAAGAAUAUUAAAACAUUCCAUAUUAAGAAAUUCUUGACAGCACAUUUUCUGGUAAUCGAAGCCUUCAUCGAGUUUAAUUUCUGGCAACUUGCAGCUCUUGUGCCUGUAAGUCCUCAUCUGAAUUGUGUUGGAGGCAUGCAUCAGGUCCACUGAUAUUGAAAACGUCACCGAAAAACCCAGACAAAAUGUUAAACACAGUAACACCAACAAGGGUUAACUGGCCUUUGCAUGCCACUGUUAUGAUCAUCAUUCAUAUCUGCUCCAUCAGCCUGAGGUUUAUCCAGUAUAACCGCAGGAUGUUUCACACGUUAAACACUUUCUGAUAAUUGCUGUGCUGCCAGAAACUGCCAGAUGAAACUUGAAGGAUGGAGGCAACUUUAUAAGUACCUGUACACAUAUACACAUGUACACAUGUACACAUAUACACAAAUACACACACAUGUGCGCUCAAAGUCAGUUUAUUUAGAGCACCAGAAAUCACACAGCACACGGUGGUCCACUGUCACUCUCUCUGUUACUGAGCAGGACUUCAGAUGUUAUAUAGACUGUGUUAGAAAAAGUCAAACAGGUAGAAACAUGGUAAAUUCUGCAUCUAUGGCACAAUAGUGUUGCAUUAGGUUUAGGAUGUAUAUAUCAUUGCAUGGGGUUUUUCUUAAUGUGUAAGCGUUUUGUGACGGGUGGACACGCCCAGAGGCAGAAUUUAUGAUCACUACCGCAUAUGGAAUCACAACUUUCUACACAUUACGUUCCUAAAAUGUAACUUUUGAAGCACCUGCACUGUACAGAGUGUUGGAGAUUUAUCCCUCAGCAAUACUGAGCAAAGAUACUCGCUGGAUUUUACUGCUGUUUGUUUGUUUGUCGCUGACUCCUCCUGACAGAUGCAAGAUUGUUUUUACAGAUAGAUAUUUUUAAUUAUACAUUGUCUCGUUUAUUUUUCCGUGCUGAAUUUUUAAUGAGCUCAAGAGGUUAAAUAAGGGGAACGGGGCAGGAAAAGCUGACUCAUUUGAAGAGAGUAUGAUGGGGAAGAAAAAAAAAAAAAAAAAAAAAAAAACCUUUUCCCCUCCAGUUAGCCUUGCCAGCUGUCUUCUUGUUUGUUGAUGCAUUGUACUUUACUCGCUCAACCCCUAAUGGGAGCCUUUCUGCUUUUCUUUAUCAAACCUUCAGGGUUGAACAUGUUCUAAUUCUGCUCCUGAACCUUGCGCUCUUUAGGUUUAUACUCAUUAUGCGUGCUGGAGUUGUAAGCUUCUUUUGGUUUCAAGGCUGGUUAUACAGGCAUUUGUGCAGCACACUGUACAAGGACUCACAGACAGUGUUUCUCUCUGUCUGCACAUACAAACACUAAGCAUGUAUUAUAUUAGAAAGGGGUCGUUUGAGGAGAUACAACUGAAACAGAGCCUUCGAUAACAAAGAAAUGGAGACAGGAUCCUCCCUGUUUCCUGCUGCAGGUGAAGAGUAGCACGCUGUAGUUGCGGUAGAGAAACACUGAACCAAAGACGAUGAUCAAUGCUCCUUUAAUAUCAGCGUCUCCUUGCUGUGUCAUAUCUGAUAUUUCAGUCUGUGUGUAGACGCUGUAGCUCCUUGAGUUUCAUACUUGAUUUGGAGAAGGCAUCCGUACUGAAUGCAAGAGGGAGGUUCUUUUGAUUUGUUCAGACUGUCCUUGCAUUAGCAGCACUGAUGUUAACAGCACAAAAUAGAAGAUUUAUAAAAUGCAUUUACAUUUCUUAACACUAGACAUAAUAAAAGGGGCACAUUUAAUCAUAGAAAUAACAUAAAUGUAUAGUGCCGUUAUUCUCAAAGCUGUUGUUUAUGUUAACUUGUAGAUGCUUACUCACCAUUUCAUUUUAAUAACUGACAAACAGCAGAUGACGCUGGCAGCAGAAGUGUCAAGAAAUGUAAUAACCAGCCGAUCAUUGUGAACGCUUGUACAUUUUGAUUGCUGCGAGCCCACCUGUUACGACUCCACUGCUUCUUCUGACCAACGUACGUCACGCUACUCGAGGGGUUGGAUCUGUCCUUCUUGGAUCACACAGAGAAAUCAAACUGAGAAAUCCUAGUUGUGAUUUGUGGCCAUUAUAUUUCACAAUGGUAUUUUUUAUUUUUUACGUUUUAUUUUUUAUAUUUCUAUAUAUGCAUUUAUUUAUGGUGCUUUUUAUGAUGUUUGUUCAUAAGCCUUAAUUUAUUCAGUUGCCAUCAAUGAAAAUAAAUAAUGAAAAUGCAA